AUUGUUGACCAUUGAUUCACGGUUUUUACAGUUUUAGUUGUAUUUUUGUGUAUUUGCUGCGUGUUUCCGGUCUGAUUUUUAAUAUUUAAUAACGCAGUUUAAUCCACAGGAGCAAAUUUGACCCGUUAAUGAGGUUUAUUCGCUGCACAGAGAGCGUUAAUGUGAUGCUAAGCUAACUUACCGCCGCUAACAGCAGAGUGAAGAUUUAAACACCACGUUAAUAUCGACUUUAAGUAUGAUAGUUAAUAUCGAGUUUAAGUGUGAUAGUUAAUAUCGGGUUUAAGUAUGAUAGUUAAUAUCGAGUUAAAAUAAAGACUGGAUGUUGUUUCUAGCAGCAGUGAGGCUGACGGGACUCGCUGAUCUAAAAUCGAGUAAAAUCAGAAUGAUGUUUGGUUGGUUAGCGGCUCUGUUAGCGGUGAAGACAAAUUGGAGGAAAUAAACGUGUCAUUCACGCUGUUUUAGCUGCUUUUUUUCAUAUUUGAGUAUUUGAAUAAUAAAUUAACCUUAACAGAUUUACUGUUGAUAUUAAAACAGAGCCGGACACUCGCAGCUUCCCGGUUGGAGUUUCUUUGCACCAAAUUGUGUUUAAAAAAUCUGCAGUCUAAGCGAUUCUUUCCUUCUGGGAGUUUACAGAAGCGAACUGAAGAUCACACAGACGCAGAUCAGUCCAUGGAGGGACACACUCCUGUGUCUGAAAACCCUCACGCAGAGUACGGCCUGACGGAAAAUAUCCAGAGGACGUUGGAGAACGAGAAGGCGAGUGCAGAGAAGAUGUCGAAGCAGAAGGUGGACCUGCAGGCGCUGCCAACCCGGGCCUACCUGGACCAAACGGUGGUCCCCAUCCUGCUGCAGGGGCUGUCGGUGCUCGCCAAGGACAGACCUCCGAACCCCAUCGAGUACCUGGCUGCCUUCCUGCUCAAGAACAAGUCCCAGUUUGAGGAGAGAAAUUAAUCUGGAGCUUUCAUACAGGAGAUGUUUGUUUAUGAUCUGUUAGACUGUUUUUUUUAUUCAGAAUAAACGUGUUGAUGUGAAACAAGA